AUGUGGUCCCCGCUUGCCAAGUCAGAAGAUCAGAGAUCCAAUGCCCCCUCUGAGCGGAAGUUGUCCGGCUCUAGUGCUGCCCCCAACCAGCCGCAGCAGAGCACCGACUUCAACCCUAAGGAGGCCGGCAGUGAUAUUCAGCAGCAGGCACCCGAACCUAUCAGCCAAGAGCAAGAACAACAGCAGGAGCCGGAGCAGGAGCAGGAGCACGAGACCGAGACCGAGCAUGAGCAGAAGGAGCCCACACCCCAGACGCACACGCCCCAGCAGAAGGAGCCAGAGCUAGAGCAGCGUGAUGACAAUGAAUCACAAGCAUCUGGCCCAGCUCAAAGCAGCGGAAGCGGUGUUUUUGGAAGAAUAGGGUCGCUCGCCGGUGGUCUUGGGCAGCAGGUUACUCAGACCAUCAAGAGUGUCCCCAGUAUCGCCUCCAAGCCGCUUAGCAUGCUGAAGGAUCUCCACGUUCAAGAGGGUGGAGAGAUAUUUGGCCCAGAGGGUAACGUUGUCGGCAAAGUUGUCGAGGGUGGUGAGGAAGCCGUUGGCGGUGUAGUCGAGGAGGGAGGAAAGAUCGUGAACGAUGACGGCGAGACUGUGGGUAAGGCGGAACUUACCGAGGAGGUCAAGGAGACCGUGGACGACGUGAAAGAUGACCUUCCCGAAGACGCGAAGUCCGAAGCCACCGAGAAGACCGAAAGGACUGCGGAAGGCUCCGAGAAGCCAGCUCAAGAUGUGACCGACGACGUCGAAAAGACAGCAGAAGGUGCAACCGAGGGUGUCGAAGAGCCUGAGAAGAAGACCGAAGACGCAACCGACGAUGUUGAGAAGAAGACAGACGUUGCAACCGAGGACCUCGAAGGCCCCGAAAAGGAAGCCGAAGGCGCUACUGACGAGGCAGAGAAGACCGCAGAAGAGGCGACUGAAGGCGUCGAAGAGACAGCCGAAGAAGCUGAAGAGGCUCUGCCGCCACUUUCCGCCCUUGAAGGCCUGACCUGCAACAAGGCCGGAAAGAUCAUUGACUCCUCCGGCAAUCCCGUUGGUGAGUUGGUGGAAGGCGACCCGAAGAAGCUCUCUAGACUCGGGAGCAAGCUCGACGACAAGGGCCAGUUCUGGGACAGCCGCGGUAACGUUAUCGGCAAAGCCAAGACGAUCAAAGCCGAGGACUAUGGAGAGGAGCCUCCCUUCGCCGGACUUGAAGGUCUUCACGUCGUCGAAGAUGGUUUCGUCGAGGACGGUGCUGGCCACCGUGUCGGCAAACUGACCGAGGGUGAUGCGAAGAAGCUCCUUGGCCGCCCCGUCGAUGAAGAUGGAGACGUCAUUGACCAGCACGGCAGCGUCAAGGGCCACGCCGAGCCCUAUGAGGAACCCGAAGAAGAGAAGCCCGAAGAGGUGGACCUGUCGAUCCUAGAAGGAAAGACGGUUAACAAAGCCGGCAAUGUUGUUGACGAGCACGGUACCGUCUACGGCCGCAUCGUGUCCGGCGAUGGCAAGCGCCUUGCAGGACGAAAGGUCGACGGCAAGGGUCAGAUCUGGGGUGAUGAUGGCAAGGUCAUCGGCAGGGCUGAGCUCAUUCCUGGUGCUGAGCAGGAGAAGCCUGAAGGCUUGUUCUACGGCUUCGAGAACCUGACAGUUGGAAAAGACGGUGUUGUCCAAGAUAAGUCCGGUCGUAUCGUUGGCCGCAUUAUCGAAGGAGAUGCCGCCAAACUUGUUGGUCGCCAGGUUGACGAAGAUGGUGAUAUCCUUGACAAGAGUGGUAACACCAUCGGAAAAGCCGAGCGCUGGGAGCCGGAAGAGAAGAAGCGCGACAUCAACCCUAUGGCAGGCCGCAAGGUCAACCGUGAGGGUGAAGUUCGCGACGCCGAUGGAAACCUCAUCGGCAAGCUGACUUCCGGUAACCUGAGCAGUCUCAUCGGAAAGGAGAUCGAUGACAACGGAUAUGUAGUUGACAACGACGGAAACAAGAUUGGCGAAUGCACUUUGCUCGAGAACAUCCCCGAGCCUGAGCCUGAACCGGAGCCUGAGGCCGAGCCAGAGGGUCCCUCUCAGGAAGAGCUGGAUGCUCAGAAGAAGGAGCAAGAGGACAGGGAAUUGGCCAAGAAGAUGUCGGCUAUCGUGUCCGGAACGCUGGACCGUGUUGAACCUAUCUGCAAGAUGAUCACCGAGCACGUUGACAGAGCGAACGCGACGCCAAAGGAGGAGCUCGAUGAGGAGGAACUGGUCAAGAAUGUCAAGCCGCUCCUUGAAGAGGCCAACAGCAUCCUCCAGGAGUGCAACGGCGCCAUUCGUGCCCUCGACCCUGAUGGCCGUAUCGCCGCUCAAGCAAAGGCCCGAGCUGCGUCCCACGAGGCCUCGCCCGAAGAAUACGGCUUGGCCGAGAAGCUCAAGGAGCUUUCCAACUCUGUCCUCAGGUGCAUUGACAACGGAAAGAAGAAGAUCGCUGGAAUGCCCCACGCAAAGAAAGAGCUGAACCCACUCUGGGGUCUUCUCAGCGAGCCGCUUUUCCAGAUUAUCGCGGCCGUCGGUCUGCUCUUGUCCGGUGUGUUGGGCCUGGUCGGUCGACUGCUGGACGGUCUCGGACUGGGACCCUUGGUCAACGGCUUGCUUGGUGGUCUGGGACUCGACAAGCUGCUGUCAAACCUGGGACUAACGUCGCUGACGGACUCUCUGGGACUGACUGGCAAGAAGAAAUAA